UCUGCUUUCGCUCAUCCCUUCAGCUCCCUUUUCCCUUCGGCAGCUCCUACUUUCGAUUCCGACACGGUCCCUCGCCGCCGGCGAAUUUCACCUUGACGGUGAUACGCAAAUUUACUGUGACCUCCACUUAUUACCUGCAAACUUCUUUGAUUCCCCUUUUUUUUUGUUGUUACUCGUUUCCUUCUUUGAAGCUGUGGAUUCUUCGUUAUCUGCUGCUUUCUUCUUCGUCCGCGAUAACUGAUCGGAGAGGAUUUUAAUAUAUUCCUUCCUCUUUUAGCUGACUGAUGUAGAAGAGAAGUAAAUAGAGGUAAUAACGGAGAAGAGGAAGGUCGAGAGGGGAGGGAGGAGGCAUAUCACAUCUAUGCAAUAAAUGCAUGGAGAUGUAAAGGCCAAUGUUCCGUAAGAACGAUUCGGCUUUGUCUUGCUUCUAUCUUUACCUCCUGUGGCUGUACUUCCGGAAAUAGCAGAGGAAACCCUAUCAGGCAACGUUGAGGGAGGUUUUAUUAAGCUCAGUUGGAUUUCAUAAAAGUUGCGGAAGCGGUAGUUUAAGUUUCAAAGAUGGUGCUAGAUCUUAACGUGGCAUCUGGUUCUGAAUCGUCGUCGGUGCCCGAGAAGCUCCUUUCAGAAGGAUCUGGAGGAGUUCAAAUGACUGAUUCAGGGACAUCUAACUCCUCUGUUCUCAAUGCUGAGGAUUUAAGUAACAUCGGUGACGAGGAUUCUUGCUCUACUCGCCCGGCUUUCAGGUUCAGUAUCUUGAAGGACGCAGAGGAGGUAGAGGAGUGCGGCGAUGAUAUCCGCGUUGCUUCGGAUGCUGAUCUGAUCACUCAUCAGCUGUUUCCGCAGCAGGCGCAGGUUAUUUUAGAUGGUCUGGCGACGGGAACCACGUUGGCGUCAUCGUCGUCUAGGCCGCAUUUGAUAGACCUCGGCUUCUACCAGGCUGAUGUGAUGGCAACUGCGGAAGGUAAGCUUCUUCACCCCCUACAACAGCAGCCUCAGGUGAAGAAGAGCAGGAGGGGACCAAGAUCACGAAGCUCUCAGUAUCGCGGAGUGACGUUCUACAGGAGAACCGGAAGAUGGGAAUCUCACAUCUGGGAUUGUGGGAAGCAAGUCUAUUUAGGUGGUUUUGACACUGCUCAUGCCGCGGCCAGAGCAUAUGAUCGGGCUGCCAUUAAAUUUCGUGGAGUUGAUGCUGACAUCAAUUUCAAUCUCAGCGACUAUGAUGAUGAUUUGAGGCAGAUGAGAAAUCUGACCAAGGAGGAAUUUGUGCAUAUACUUCGUCGCCAAAGUACUGGAUUCUCAAGAGGAAGCUCAAAAUAUAGAGGAGUGACUCUUCACAAAUGUGGUCGAUGGGAAGCUCGCAUGGGACAGUUACUUGGCAAGAAGUAUAUAUAUCUUGGGUUAUAUGACAGCGAAGUAGAUGCUGCAAGGGCCUAUGAUAAAGCGGCCAUUAAAUGCAAUGGAAGGGAAGCUGUCACCAAUUUUGAGCCAAGUACUUAUGAAGGAGAACUUUUUUCCAAGGACGAUGUUGAAGCUUUCGGCAACGACAUUGAUUUGAACUUAAGUAUUUCUCAGCCUUCUGUCUGCAAUUUGAAAAGAAAUGUUAAUCAGGCUGGCUUACAAUUCCAAAAUGGCCCUUUGGAAGCUUCAGAUGUCAAGAAGAUGAAGAUUGACCAGCCUUCUUCCAAUUCAGUACUUCAAACUCAGCACCUGGCUAUUGCACCUGAGCAUCCUCGAGCCUGGAGCACUGUAUACCCAGGAUUCAUCCCUAUCAGUGAGGAAAAUGUAUUGAACAAGAAGACUGAGUCAGGCUCAACCAGCUGGCAAUGGAAAUACCAUAGCAUCUCCCAUCUUCCCCUAUUCUCUUCUGCAGCAUCAUCAGGAUUCUCUGCCUCAAAUGCGAUAACUAAUCCUUCGAUCCAACCGUCACAAUCGCCGCGGACCACUCAUCUCUAUCAUCCUCACCUCCAUCCUCCGCCGCCAGCCAUGACUUCUUCUAAGGCUGACUUUCACGGCAAAACACAGUGUCGGCUGAGUCUUGAAGCAGCAGUAAUGGACCAAGAAUUUGCUUUAAAUGAUGCUGGCGUUGAAAUGGCGCAAUCUGGACCGUUCAUGCCAUCGAACAUUUAACAGCCGUUAAGAUUGACGUGACCCUCGGAACAGCUGUCCUUACCCUAAACCUCUUACGUGACGUAACGCCAAAGUCAUUUAUCACGAAUAAUAUUUCUUUAGCUGCAGUU